UGCCAAGUGUUUAUUGAGAUGUCGCUCUACUAUUCUAGUAUUUGUGUCUUCGUUACAUUGGUCAUGAUACAUAGAUGUGGAUCUAAUCAAGAAGUAUGAACUACAAGUGUUUUAUUUAGAGAACAAACUAUUUACUCGAGAUGCAGUUGUCUGGUACAAUGUUUUGGAUCCAUGUCACGUGCUUGGUCAUCUCUUUCAACGUUAUGGAGUUUUUGUCUACAAUAUCUGGAACCAAGUUUACUUUCGAUGGUCAUAAUGUUACGUUGACCAAUAGCAGAAUUGAAAGCGGACAACUGGUAAAUUAUUCUAAUGUCUCAUCAAUAAGCUCCAUACAUCAUCAAACUGAAACUGAGGAAUUUGAAAACUCAGAACAUGAUUUAUACAAUACAAGGGAAAUCAUUAAUAACUAUCAAUAUUUUGAUGCAUUCAGUUGUCCCCCUUGUAUUUGUUACCGAAGGAAAGAUGACAGUGUCGAUGCUGACUGCAGUAAUAGGAGGCUUCAGAAAAUGCCCACCAAACUUCCGAUUUAUAUUAAAACACUUAAUUUGUCCGUGAACACUAUUUUGGAGCUCAACACAGCCCACUUGAGUAUUUAUUCCCAAGUCAGUUCCUUAGUCAUCAGCUCAAACCCACGGUUUAAAAAAAUUUUCUUUGAGCCACAAGAAAACAAUUCCUUUGCAAUGAUAACUUUGGAUCUUAGUCAUAACAACAUUAGCACCAUCCAGAACAGAAGCUUCCUCAGCUUUGUGAACCUGCAGAAACUUGUGCUGAGUGAGAACAGGCUGAGUUACAUUUCGUCAGCCAUGUUGGAAGGACUGGAGAAUCUAAAAAGUUUGUAUCUCUCACGAAACAAAAUAAGAGUAUUGAACGCCAACACGUUUGCUAAUCUUAUCAAUUUAGAAUUGUUAGAUCUGAGUAAAAAUCAACUAAACUACAACGUUAGAAGUAUUCCUACGCUGGUGUUUGAAAAACUGACACAUUUACAGCAACUGUAUUUGCAAGGAAAUGUCAACUUUCCACAGCCCUAUCCCAGCAGGGCGCUGUCAAAACUUAGCCAGCUAACAAGCUUGUAUAUAGAUGUCAACCUGAACUCGUCACUUGAUCAAGAGUGGAAAAAAAUAAAAAAAUUAACAACCUUAUUUUUCGGAGGUCACAUUGGCAUCUGCAAUUUAAGAAAAAUCCAUAGAGAUUUUCUGGCUAACUCUCCUUAUCUGAAGACAUUGAUUCUAUAUGGUUGCAAUUUUCAUGAACUAGAUCCUGCUGUUUUCUUAGGUGUAAAACACCUUGAAACUUUAGAAAUAAAUAAAAUAUUCUUGAACUAUGACCUCUAUCAGGCUUUGAAUGACUUGCGAGGUCUGGUCAACUCUUCUCUUAGAAAUCUUACAUUGAUUUCACUUUCCCGAGGCAGGUAUCUCUGUCGGUCUCUGAGUGGAAAACAUGCGGCUUAUUUGCAGCAUCUCUCGUUGGAAGAAUUGAAUUUGUCUGAGAACAGUAUCGCUCUGAUCGAGGAAGACUUCGCGAUACUCCUACCAAAAACUUUAAAGAGAUUCGUUUUGAUGGACAACAAACUAAGUAUUAAAGUGUUCUCCUUAUCCAGUCUAAGUCAUUUAUCUGAACUGAUAGAGAUCUAUCUUGACCAUCAGGGGGACAGUCUACAGAGAUAUCAUUUGACAGAGACAAAUCGUGGUGGAUUAAAAAAUAAAAAUCGAAAAUAUAUUUCAUUUUUAGAAGAAUCUAAUUUAAAAAGAAACAAAAGCGUAACACAAAAUGCAGGGCAGGAAUCAUUUAUUAGCCGUUCGCACACAUUGAAGAUGCGUGAUAGCGAGAGUUGUCUGUGUGCUGAUUCAGAGCAAUCAAAGUUUGAUUCCCAAGGAGAUUUCCAAAUAGGUGCAUGGCCACUCAAUCUGAGACUUGUCCAAGGCUCCCACUUUUAUGAAUUUACUGCAUUAUGGUGGAAGAGUAAGUGGAGAUUUAAUAGCUCUUUGAUUUCUAUAUCACAUACUAAAAACUUUUUAGUGAAGUGGGGGGAAAGCAACCUACCUACCAAAAUACAAAGAGUGGACUUUAGCCACAAUUACGCUAUGAAACUCUCAGAACAUUUUUUCCCCCAAAACAGUUCUUUGAUCUCUCUCAACAUCAGCAACAAUAUUCUGGGGGAAUAUUUCGCUGCUUUGGGAAGGAAGAAAAUAUUUUUAGGACUGGGUUAUCUGCGCUUUCUGGAUAUAUCGAUGAACUUAAUCUACAAGCUCCCUCGAGAUUUUCUGUCCGGCUUGAAGAGCUUGGAGGUUUUACUAGCGACUAAGAACAGACUUCAAGCGUUGAACGUCAGCCUCAGUCAGAUGUCUAGUGUUUGGUUUAUGAACUUCAGUCAAAAUUCCAUUACCUGGAUAGAUAAAGUGACCCGUGAUGACCUUGACCUUCUGGCAAUAUCGAGACAAGUGUCUCUUGACAUUUCCUUUAACCCUUUACCAUGCACUUGUGAUGGAAUAGAAAUAUUAAACUGGUUGGCGUUUACAAAUGUCCGUUUGGUCAACCAGAUGUAUAUGAAAUGUCAGACAAGCACCGGUGAAACGGUCAGUUUAGGAGAUCUGAUGGAAAGGGCGCAACAAGUCCAAAGAGCAUGCGCAUCAAAGGCAAUUAUUUUGGUCAUCUCCAUCUCGUCUGCUGUAGUGGUCACCCUGAUGGUCUCACUAGCUACCCUCUAUCGUUUCAGGUGGAAACUUCGCUACCUGAGAAACAUAGCUCUGACCAAGUAUGCUGGGUUUAGACCCAAGAAAGGGACUGGGAAGAAAUUUCAACACGACGCCUAUAUCCUAUAUGAAGACCAAACUAUCAACUUUGUCUUCAGAGACUUCAUUCAGGAGCUAGAGGUCAAGCGUGGCCACAGGCUACUUCUGGUUGACCGAGACAUUAUUCCUGGCACAAUAAUGACUACCGCCAUCCUCAGUGCAGUCCAGAAUAGCUACAAGACGAUUCCAGUGGUCACUCCUUACUUCUUUAAUGUCUGGUACUCCGAAUACGCUGUCCAAAUGGCCAUUAUGGAGGAGCACUACGAGCCUCGACAAAUCUUACACCUCUGCGUGUAUCAGGCCACUGACCCUAAAGAUAUGCCCAAAGACCUUUUGUCGGUUAUGAAAAGAAAUCGUUACACCGAGUUCCCACCGGAGACAGACUUAAAUGAAGAAAUGGUCAAACAAUUCUGGGACCAUCUAUCUAGUACUAUCCAACAAAGGGAAUGAAUUGUUGUUCUUGCUGUAGUUUGCUCAAUAGCUAACACUAUACAUAUUUUAUCUUAAACAGUUACGAUUUCAUGCCAUUUAAAGAAACGUGAAUUUUGAACAAUUUAAACUUUGUAUUUUAUUUUUCUGUGUAAUUUUAGCUAUAAUUUUAAGUGGAACCCGAUUAAAUUAAAAGCAGCUUUAAGUUUUAUGUUAAAAAAAUGCCAGCCUGUAUUAUUCCGAAUGCGUUCAUUUAGAUCUCCAAAGUGGUAAAUUAUAUUGGAGAUACAACUACAUUUUACCUAAAGUUAUGUAAUAAAAAUACAAAUAUUAAUACAGUGUUGUUUUUUUGUGACGGUACCCACCGGUACUGCGUAUCGGCACCUUUUCAAUGUGGGUAAAAAAUUAUUACUUUUCUUGCAUUUUAACGUUUCUUAUUAAUUUAUUAGUAGUUAAAUU